UUGUUUGCUUUCCCCUUGGAAUAGAUCAUCUGCACUAUCUUCUGUGUUUCCUUUCUUGCUGACAGCAUUGUCUAUGAAACAUGGCAGCAAGUGAAGGAGCAGAGACUGAAAAGGUUUCUGAGGCGCAAAAUAGCGUGGUCCGGAACGACGGGUAUGAAAAGAAAUGUAUCUUUUGUAAGAUUGUAAACAAAGAGAUGGACACCGAACUCUUGCAUUGCGACGAAGAAAUCUCCUGUUUCAGAGACAUUAAACCCGGGGCUCCGCAUCACUACCUGGUGGUGCCCACGAGGCACGUGGGAAACUGCAAAUCACUUACAAAGGAGCAUGUACCCUUAGUGGAGAAAAUGGUGGAGGUUGGGAAGACUAUGCUGCAGAAGAACAACAUUACAGAUCUUGAUGAUGUCAGGUUUGGAUUCCACUGGCCUCCGUUCUGUUCUGUUACUCAUCUGCACCUGCAUGUGCUAGCACCCGCCAGUCAGAUGGGCCUCAUGUCCCGCCUCUUCUACAGAUUAAACUCAUAUUGGUUCAUCACGGCUGACCAGCUAAUUCAGCGACUGAACUCUUCAAGUGAGACCAGCUGAGCCAAGACCCGGCUUGCUGAGAUGGAACCAAUAAGGUCACCCAGAACUGUGUGUCAAGGAUGGGACUACUGUUGGCACCAAAUCAGUGUGCACGGGGCCUGCAUAAGAGAGAAACUGCUAACCCUCUGAGUGAAUUACAGUACUUGAAUGUAUAGGAUAUAUUGAUAAAAUGAAGCUGCAGAUGUGGUCAUUAGUUAAUCAGUGAUCAUCACACCAACUAAACAAAAGAGAAAUGCAGCUAAACAUUGUUCUUAAUGAUUUUAAA